GAGAGCGCGCUUCGCCGCUUCCAAUUGGCUGUUGGGGGGGCGUGGCUGUGAUUCGCCCCGCCCCCAGGGUGGCCGCGCGGUUUGGCUCCGCCGGGUCCCGUCGCCGCCGCCGCGAUGGACCUGGGGCCGCUGCGAAAGAGCUACCGGGGGGACGUGGAGGCCUUCGAGGAGCAGCACUUGGCCUCCCGUGACCCCAUCCAGCAGUUCGGGGUCUGGUUCCAGGAGGCCGCGGGGUGUCCGGACAUCGGGGAGCCCAAUGCCAUGUGCUUGGCCACCUGCACCAGGGACGGGAAGCCCUCGGCCCGCAUGGUGCUGCUGAAGGGCUUCGGCCAGGACGGGUUCCGCUUCUUCACCAACCACGAGAGCCGCAAGGGCAAGGAGCUGGACUCCAACCCCUUCGCUUCGCUCGUCUUUUACUGGGAGCCCCUCCACCGACAGGUGCGGAUCGAGGGUUCGGUGCGGCGGCUGCCGGAGGAGGAAUCGGAGCGGUAUUUCCACUCGCGCCCCAGGAGCAGCCAGAUCGGGGCCGUGGUGAGCCAGCAGAGCACCGUCAUCCCCGACCGCCAGUAUUUAAGGCAGAAGAACACGGAGCUGGAGGAGCGGUACCGGGACACCGCGGUGCCGAAGCCGCCGUACUGGGGGGGUUACGUCGUGCAGCCCGAGGUGGUGGAGUUCUGGCAGGGCCAAACCAACCGCCUGCACGACCGCAUCGUGUUCCGGCGCCUGCGGGACGGCACGGCCCCCCCGGGGGACAUGACGCACCGCGGGGAGGGCGAGUGGGUCUUCGAGCGCUUGGCCCCGUGAGGCCACCGGUGCCACCGAUCCGGAGCGUCCCCUGUGCCAAAGCCUGUCCCCUGUGACCCCCGGGGGAUGGGGUGGCCUCGCUGUGUCCCCCUCCCAACACACACUGAGCUCCGGGGGUGCUGAGGGGUCCAGGUCCAGCCCCAAGGACCCUCAGCUCCCCCCGCUGCUCCCUUGGGGGUCCCAGGGACCAUCUGCACAUGGGGAGUGACGGCUCCCAGUGCUGCUCGUGCUUAAUUAAUCAUGUUAAUGACUGUGGAGGAAUCAAGGACCCCAGCGCCCCCCACCCGUGUCCCGCUGUGUCGUGCAUCGUGUUUGAGCCAGAACCGUUUGACAUGCUCGUCUGUGCAAUAACCCAAGUGCCACCCUUCCCUGCGAUAACUUAUUGAAUUGCAGCUUUAUUGUCACCACCGUGUCACCCGUGGCUGGUUGCACCCCGACCCUCAGCCUGCUCCUUUGGGGGUCGGUGGCGCCGCUCCCCGUGUCCCCCCCGCUACCUGAGCUUGGAAAGAAUAAAUCCCGAUCAGCACGAA